GACACGUCUGGGUAACUACGUCCGCCUCGAGCAUCAUCAUGUCCGUGAGAGUCAGCCGAAGCAGCAGCAGCAGCAGCUACAGUAGCAGCGGUGGAGCCUACAGAGGCGGCUUCAGUUCCGCCAGUGGGAUGCGUCUCGGCGGAAUUGGCGGCAGUGGCUCGAGCAUCUCCCUGUAUGGAAGCCGCCGCGCGCCAAGCGUGUACGGAGGCGCGGGAGGAUACGGCACGCGCAUUUCCAGCUCUGUUUCUUCUGUUUCCAUGGCAGCAUCAGGUGGCGACAUGAUGCAUGUCGCCAACGAGAAGCACACCAUGCAAAAUCUCAACGACCGCCUGGCGUCUUACCUCGAAAAGGUAAGGUCACUGGAGGAAGCCAAUCGGAAACUGGAGCUACAGAUCAAAGGAUUCUGUCAGAAGAUAGCACCUGAACGCAAGGAUCUCAGCGGCUAUCAUGUCACAAUCGAAGACAUCCGCAGGAAGAUUUUGGACGGGCUGACAGAAAAUGCCAGAAUAACUCUGCAGAUUGACAAUGCAAAACUUGCUGCUGAGGACUUUCAGCUGAAGCACCAGAAUGAGAUGGCCAUGCGUAUGUCUGUGGAAGGAGACAUUGCAGGCCUGAAGGCGGUCCUGUCGGAGAUGCAGAUGAGCUGUGGAGAUAUGAACAUUGAGAUUAAGGGGCUGAAUGAGGAGCUGGUCUGGCUCAAGCGCAACCACGAGGAGGAAUUGCAGGCGCUGAGGGUGCAGCAAAGUGGUUCUGUCAACGUGGAGGUGGACUGUGCGCCCCCUGUGGACCUGGAGAAGGUGAUCCAGGAGGUCAGGGAGCAGUACGAGGCUGCCAUCCAGAAGAGCCGGAGCACCGCAGAAAAAUGGUUUGAGAGCAAGGUUGCGACGCUACAGACCCAGAUGACCACCAGUGUCACCGAGGUCAAGACCUGUCAGUCGGAGGUGACCACCUUGCAGAGAACCUACCAGUCCCUGCAGAUCGAGCUGCAAGGACUCCAUUCAGUGAAAGGUAACCUGGAGCGCCAGCUGUCGGAGGUGAGCAGCCGCUACGGCAUGACGCUGAGCCAGCUCCAGAUGCAGAUCGACAGCCUGGAGGCCGAGCUCAAGCAGCUGACCCUCAGCAUCGAGCAGCAGGGCGCCGAGUACAAGAUGCUGCUGGACAUCAAGAUGCGGCUGGAGCGGGAGAUCGCCGAGUACAGGAGACUGCUGGACGGAGACGCCUGGGUCUCAACAGUGCAGCAGGUGACGCAGGUGACGCAGGUGACGCAGGUGGUGGAGGAGGUGGUGGAGGAGGAGGAGGAUGAGUACAACCCCCACAGACAGCGGAGGGUGAAGGUCAUCGUGGAGGAGAUGGUGGACGGCGUGGUGGUCUCCUCCUCCGUGGAUGAGAAACUCCAGGAGGUGGCCUAGGCUUAGCACUCGGGGACGCGGUGGACAAGCCUGUGUAUUUUUGUCGAGAAACAUGUGGUGUGUGUGUGUGUGUGUGUGUGUGUGUGUGUGGCGGCGGGGGGCUACAGUGCUACACUCUGGGGGCAUAUCCUUGAGCCCCCAUGUUCAUGCCCACAGAGUGUGGUGCUGACUUAGCUGCUGGCCGUAGCAAGUCGAGCUGGGUAAAACCGAUUGUUUUCGGGCGGGGGGUUCUUUCAACUUGCAUAAAACACUAUUCUGCGGUUUAUACACAGUACGGCUAAGACACAGGAAAUGACUGUACUGACAAUAUUCGGUGACCUUGAGAAGUGGAGAUCUAUGUUAAAACUUGCUGGAUUUAUCCUGCAUUUAAUGGCAUAGCCUACUGUAACCGUCUGCCUCUAACAGUUUUCUUUUGCUAUCCACUUCAGACUUUAGCCAUAGCUAGACUUUAGCGAGUCUAACGCUUUAUUAAUCUAUUCGAUGUAGGUUUUUAAAAACGUGAUCAUCGACUUAACAGUACAGAAAUACCAUUUUGCAAGAAAUGAGUGAUUCAGACAAAGACUAAAAAUAUGUUUAAAAAAGAAUCAGAUUGUACUUACAAGAUCCAAGAAAUCGCAGUCAGUCGAGGUCGAAUGGCAAAAUAUCUGUAUGAACAUCUAUCAGACGAGUUACAGCAAUGUUCAGGGCGUCCAACGUCACAAAAUGAGUUUGAGUCUGCGCAGUACGAUGAACAGGAAACGAUUUUUUGUUUCAGCCCCCUCUCAUUGAGAACGACGGAGUCUGUUGGUCCAUUUCUUUUAGGUCUAUGACUGUAACCCCCCCCCCCCCUCCCCUCCCUCAAAAAAUAUAUUAAACAUUUGGUUUUCAGUGAAAGAGACAAUCUUUAUGCAUCAGUGAGGUGCAGUGUUUUUGUGCAACACCAAUGUUUUAUCUAGAUUUCUUCUCUAUGAACACAGGGUAUUUUUUUUAUAUAAAUUAUUAUUUGGUGCCCCACAUGUCGUGACUAUUGUGAAUGUCCUGCAUAAGAUGAGUACAUUCCUAUUGUAAAAUGGUGUUUUGGAGGUGGGUUUGCUGCAAAUUAAAGUGUUCCUGUUAAUUUCCUA